GCAGCUCCGGAUUUCGACCGAGCUGGGCUCAGAAGCCAGUUGUUGGCGCUGUCCGUGGUGCUGAGGAAUUCCCGGCUGCCGGCGAAUGAGCUCCAAAUCAGCAGUCUGCAAACUGCUCUCAGUGAUGCAGAAACCCAGCUAAAGUUGCUCCUUUCCUUCACGUCCACAGUUAGUAUUUUCUGGUGUGUAAGAGGGGAUUCAAGCAACAUAUUGUGGAUGAUGCUGAUGGUACUGCCACGGAGUGGGCUUUAAGCUACAGUAUGCUAUUGCUGUUUGUGAUCCUCAGAGCCUAGCCAAAUCACCUCUACUGCCGUACCAAACACUGUGUAAGUGAACUCAUGUGUGGAGGAGGCGUAAUCAGCCGGUAAAUUUCAUAGAAGGAUCUGAGAAAAUGCUAAAAAUAAGUUCAACAUGAUUCUGCUACUGGGGUCUGGAUUUCUACAGGACCAGCAUUGCUUCUUGCUUUGAAUUCCGAAGACAAGUCCAAAGCAUAUUUCUUAUGUGUGUCUGCUGUGUUUCUCUCUGGAAGGGCGGGAGACUGCUUCUUGACUGUGUUUUGAAAUGGGAGGUAGAGAGAAUGGAUUACCUUUAAUUCAUGCCUGAAAAUGUAUUCUUUGGAUAAGUAAAGAGGAACUGCUUUCCUAAAACAUACCUGAUCUUUUAGUUCAUAUUGGUCUAUGAUUCCCACCACCACCAUUAACCUCCAGACUGAUUAGCCUACCCUUCUUGUAUUCCCAUGGAAGGAGCUGAGUAUAUUUAAUAUUAGGAGCACAUCCAGAAGCCUUUGAGGAGGGGGAUGGCUCUUCAUAUUCAUGAAGCUUGCAUACUUCUGUUGGUCAUCCUUGGAUUGGUCACCUCUGCUGCCAUCAGUCAUGAAGACUAUCCUGCUGAUGAAGGUGACCAGACCUCCAGUAAUGACAAUCUGAUCUUUGAUGACUAUCGAGGGAAAGGGUGUGUGGAUGACAGCGGCUUUGUAUACAAGUUGGGAGAACGAUUUUUCCCAGGGCAUUCCAACUGUCCAUGUGUCUGUGCUCUGGAUGGACCUGUUUGUGAUCAGCCAGAAUGCCCUAAAAUUCACCCAAAGUGUACUAAAGUGGAACACAAUGGAUGCUGUCCUGAGUGCAAAGAAGUGAAAAACUUUUGUGAAUAUCAUGGGAAAAAUUACAAAAUCUUGGAGGAAUUUAAGCCCUCUCCAUGUGAAUGGUGUCGCUGUGAGCCCAGCAAUGAAGUUCACUGUGUUGUAGCAGACUGCGCAGUUCCUGAGUGUGUCAACCCAGUCUAUGAACCAGAACAAUGUUGUCCUGUCUGCAAAAAUGGUCCAAACUGCUUUGCAGGAACAACAAUAAUCCCGGCUGGCAUUGAAGUGAAAGUGGAUGAAUGUAACAUCUGUCACUGUCACAACGGGGACUGGUGGAAGCCUGCUCAGUGUUCAAAACGUGAAUGCCAAGGCAAGCAGACUGUGUAGGACAAUUUCCCAACCGAGGAGGAGUUCUUAGGAAAGGAUGCUAUGGCUUCUACACUGCACAUGUUCGAAACAAAACAAAACAAACAAACAAACUCCUGCCAGCUACAACAGGGUCACCAGCAAAACCUUUUAGGGUUGACAAAAGUGAAUAUUUUACUAAGAGGAAAUUUCUCUCUUUCCCUCUUGCUAUA